ACAAGGCAUCUGUCAGCAAACUCUAAAGGACCCCUGUGUUCUCAUCACCAACGAUGAUUUCUACCGCGUACCAGCCAUAUCAUCAGGUGUCUCAGCCAGUCAGCAGUCUUACUAUCAUACGGGACCUUCCCUUGGUUUGGAGGAAGAUCUUCCCAUUCCUGAUUUCAACCAUCUUCCUUCCAGCCUGGAGGAAGAAGAUAACAACAACCACACCAAUACUCUAAGGUCCGCAAUUUUCCAGAAGAUCCUUAACAGCUAUCCGCAGCUCAACAGAAAACUGAAGAGGAGCCAUCAUGUUGCUAAGAAGUUUCAGCAGACACCAAGCAACCUAUCCGACUGUGUUUACCAAACUUCGUUGACCCCUGACACUACUGAUGAUGGCACCUUUAGUGACCUGGCGUCCAGCAUCAUGGAUGACGAGUUUUACGGCGGAUACUGCAGUUUCAGUGACAAUGCCUCUGUGAAUUCCAGCGGAUCGAUCUCUCCAAAUUCCUCCGCGGUUGAACUUUUGCAACAAAAGCUUCUCUGUGACGUUGAUGUGAAAACCGAGUGUUCGAAGUUCGAAGAAGUGUGCUCCAAUUUGGACAAGAUAAGCAAAACGUGUGACGAAACGACGAAAUCGGUUACCUAUGUUGUGAAGUCGAUGCCCAAACCAGCUAAAUACCAGUGUAAUGUAUGUGGGAAAAUCUACAAAGGAAACACAAAUCUCAACUACCAUAUGGCGACACACACCGGAGUACGUCCUCACAAUUGUUCCGUCUGCGGGAAAGCCUUUACCCAGAAGUCCACACUGCGUACUCACUUCCGGAUCCACACUGGCGAAAAACCGUACAAAUGCAGGACUUGUGUGCGCGCAUUCGCCGACUACUCCACGUGUAUGAAGCAUGAGCGUACCCACAGCGGUGAGAAGCCUUACGCAUGCCCAGUGUGCGGGAAGUGUUUUGCCCAGUCCGGAAAUAUGCUCCGUCACCGCCAGACACACAAGAAAAACUGA